GCAGUUGAGAGACGCGAUAGCAAGCGGUUGUUAUAAGAUAUAUAUUUUAUUUGUUCGGAUAUAAAAAUAAACUUUGUUAAUCAAUGUUACGCGAUGGAAACCGUGACGGAUGAACGCUUAUUGAAACUAUCCAAAACAGAGCAACGUAAACACAAAUUGGCAGAAUACCUAGCAGCCAAAGGCCGACUGAAAGCUCCUAAUCCAAAACCUUAUCUCAAGGACAAACUUCUGGCUACGAAAUAUACAGAGACUUAUCCAAAAGCUAAAACUGCAGGUGAUGAUAAAGAGAAUUGUGAAAUUAAUGGGACAAUUGUAAAAGAAGUUAACAGAGUUAAAUCUUUGGCAGAAAUACGCAACAAGGCUGCCAAUUCGUCCUCAAAAAUAAAACCUGCCACUGAUUCACUAGCCAGAGAAAGACAAAAUUGUUCCACUAUUUCCCGUAAUAUUUCACUUAAAACCAAAGUUUACCAGGCAAGUCUUCAGGUUGUGAAGGGACACAGCAAUAGACCGGAUUCUACUCAAAAUCUAAGGGGAGCAUACAAGACUGAGAAAACUGCAUUGUCACAGCCUCAACAAAACCUUCGAAAUGUUCAAAGCAAAGUACGGCAACCAUUUCCCCAUGCUGCAAACAACACCCAAAACUCUACGAAAUCAAUUCUUGGCCCAUCACAGCCCAAGAAAGAGCUUAUUUCAAAGAGACCUUUGGAUAAAAUAAUACCUUCAGUCAACACAGUUUCUGUUCUCUGCAAAACAACCUCAGCUACCGAUAAACAGCUGAAGAGUCGAAGACCAACCAACAACACUUCAGACAGGACAAAAGUUCAAAACAUCAAUGUUUACAAAGCUCAGACAGGACUUACAAACUCAACGCAACAAUCCAGAGCUCAGAGUGUUGGACCAAAGCUUGGGACCCACAACAGCAAUGUGAUAAGCAGGAUAUCACAGUCAAAUCCGCACAAAAAUCUAAAAAAGGAUCUUUCAUCUGUUACCACGAAAGUAGAUCCCACAACAAGGAAAUCACAGAACGCUUUUGUUAAUAAAACAACAAGAGUUUCUUCAACUGUAUCUAAGCCUUCAAAUACGGAUGCUAAUACUCUCAUUCAAAAUAAACUGCAUCGUGCUGUUAAACUGGGUACCGUCACUGAGUCUAAACAACCGUCUGGACGAAACACCAAGAGUUCAGUUCUGCCCCGAACAACCAUGUCCUCACAAGAGUCUCAGCUGUCCAUCAAAAAAUCAAGCCAGACGAAGCCUGCAGUGCAGUUGCAGACUCCCAAAGUCAGUUUUUGUCCAAGUACUCAAGGUGUUCGAACCGCCCCAGUAGAAGGAAGGAAGAUGAUGACCACUGCUCAGGAGGAGAGACUGCGUAAACUGCAGGACUGGCGGGAGUCGAGAGGCGUUACGUACAAACGCCCCCCGAUGCCUGUCCGUCUGGUUAGGAGGAAGACCAUCUCUGCUCUGCCUCAGCCCUACUGGACUGCUAUAGAGCAGGAAGACGAGGCCCAUGAUAUUGUCUUUGCUGUGGACCGUUCGCUGGAUGACUGUAUUAAAUUAUUACAGCAGGGUUUCCCAGCGGAGCAGAUCAGAGAUGUGCUGUCACGGGUGCCGAUGGCCCAUAAGUUUGCUAAAUUCUGGAUCUGCCAAGCCAGACUCAUGGAAAGAGAAGGAAACCUGGAGGUCCUGCCCAUGUUUCAGGAGGCUGUUCGUGAAGUGAGAGAGCCAGUGGAUGAGCUGCGGUCUGUGGUCUUUGAGAUCCUUAAAAGGAACCAAGCUCAAGGUUCGUCUCCUAUUUCAAAACAGUCUGAAGCAGUAGAGGCCGAAACGGAUGAUGGACAUGAAGUCCCCGAUGACGUCUUGUGCACCCCAAAACCUGUUGGUGCCCUUAUAUGCGGAAUGAGGGGAGACUCGUCUGUCGUCAAAUAUAAAAUUACUGCCACCCCAGGGGGCAAGAGGAGUGGACAAGUGGCUGAACCGGGACAAGUAGACGGUCACGAAAUUCGUUUCUUUACCCCCGUGCGUCGUUCCGUGCGAAUUGAGAAGUCCGCUCCGCGCUACCCCACAGCCCUGCUGGAACAUGACCCUUGUGUGACCUUUCUCUCUGACCUUGAGAGUAAGGGAGUGUUCAUAGCUGACUCACAACCUCAGUACUCCCCCGUGUAUGUGUACAGAGAGAAUGAGGCAUUGAGAAACCAUGUGGAAGUUCAACUCAUUUAUCCAGAGGAGAUUGAAACAUAAUUAUGUUUAUUUUAUUGGAGUCAAUAAAUUGUAUAAACUCCAAAUGAGCUUUUACUGUUUGUUGUAAAAAGUAUUUCUUGUGUAAAAUAUUUCAUGCCUUUUAGCUAAGUUUCUAGCUAUAUUUAAAGGGACAGUUAUUCCAAAAAAUGAAAAUUCUGUCAUACUUAGCUCAACAUCAGAUUAUUACAAACCUGUAUAAAUGUCUUUGCUCUGAUGAAUGCAGAGAAAGAUAUUGGGAAGAAUGUCGGUAGCCAAACAGAUCUCACCCCCAUUGGCUGCCAUAGUAGGGGAAAAAUACCAUAGGAGUCAAUAUGGAUGAGAUGUGUUUGGUUACUGACAAAUUUCCAAAUAUUUACUUUCGUGUUUAGCAGAACAAAGACAUUUAUACAGGUUUGGAAUGUUGUGAAUUGUGUUAUGAAGAAUUAUUCUUGAGUUUUGAUACAAAAAACACUUUCUUAAUGGAGUAGGAUUGCAAUGUCACCCUCUUCUCCGUUUUUGGAGAAACCUUUAUAUUGUGUGCUUGACAACACACACACAUACACGCACGUCCUCUGAGCCCCCCAAUAUAAUGACAGAUGUAUUCUCCUCCGCCAGCUUACCUAGGGUCCUUUGUGUAAACUAUCAUUCGGCCCCCAGAUAAGAAACUCUUAAAAUGAUUUUAUAAUAGUAAACAAUUGUAUGCAUUAUUGUUCUAUAUUUUAGCCAAAAAUACCUUCUACAGAACAACCUAGGGAUGAGUAAAUGAUGACAGAAUUUUCAGUUUUGGGUGAACUCUCUAAGUAUCUUUUGGUAAAUUUACCCAGAGCUUUAUCUGUGGCUGUUCAUGUUUCUCUGUUUACUAUUUAGAACAUGCUUUUUAUCUGGCUCAUCUUCAUUGAUAUGGA